AUGAAAGAUAAAUUAUUUUUUAAGGUUUGGAGAAAUGUUUAUUUGUUAAAAAUGAUUUUAGAGUUUAAAUUAUUAUAUGAAAAAAAUGAAAUUGUAACAUUUUUAAAUUUAACAUCAUUAAUUGAAUAUGAAAAUAAGGAAUAUAUUAGAACAUUAAUAUAUAAAGGUAAUGAAUCAAUAAAUGAAAAGUGUUUUUUACCAAAUAAUAAAAAUGGUGUAUUAAAUAAAAUAGUAUUUAAAGAACAAUCAAUUUCAAAUAUUGCAAGUUGUUUAAUACCAUUUGGAGUUGAAAUAAUUGAAUUUGGAAUUAGUUUAACAUUUAAUAAUAACAUACUCGUUUCCACAACUCCUCUUUUCCUAUUACCAUCAACAAUUAAGUCAGUUAAAAAUGUUGUAAUUAAUGAAACUGAUUAUAGUAAAGGUAAUGAUUAUUUAAUUCCAAAUAAUAUUAAAGAAAUAACAUUUUUAAAAUGUCCAAAAAUUUCAAAAGAUACAAUUAAAUUUCCAAGUACAUUAGAAUCAAUAACAUUUAUAAAUGAGUGGAAUAAUGGUGAUUCAAUUUUAAAAAUUGGUGAUAUACCAAAUGGUAUUAAAAAUUUAGUAUUAAAUAGUUACAGAGAAGGUUUUGAUAUUUCAGUAUUACCAAAUUCAAUAAUUAAUUUAGAAGUGAUUUUAAAAUGUAAUAAACUUGUUAAAAAUGUUAUACCAAUAAAUGUAAAAUCAUUAACUAUGAUGUAUUAUAUUAAUGAAAAUGAAAAUGAAAAUAAUAAUACUAAUAAAUUAGAAAUUACUCAUGAAUCACUACCACCAUCAUUAAUAAAUUUAGAAUGUUAUUCAAAAGAUAUGAAAUUUCUACCAAAUUCAAUACCAUCAACAGUUGAGAAUUUACAAAUUUAUGAUUUACAAAUACCAUUAACUCCAUCUAUACUAUCACCAAGUAAUUCAAUUAAAAAAUUUGAAAUUGCAUUUGACUUGAUUGAAUUCACAUGUAAAAGAUUAAAUUUAAAUUUAAAUUAUUAUAUUGGUUCAUUAUUACAAUGUUUAACAAGUUUAAUUGAAUUUUCAAUCAUUGGUUAUUUCAAUUCAAAAAUUGAUACAAACAUAUUACCAAAUGGUUUAAAAAUAUUUAACCUUUUAGAAAAUAUAAAUUUUAAUCAACCAUUUGAUCAAGAUAAUAUAUUACCAUCAACAUUAACUCAUUUAAUAUUAAAUAAUAAUUAUUCAAUUGAAAAUUUAUUAAAAAUUAAAUUACCAAUUUCAUUAACAUUUUUAUCACUAUCAAAAAAUUUAAAGAAUAAUUUUAAUAUUAAUAAUUUUAAUAAUUUCAAUAAUAAUAAUAAUAAUAAUAAUAAUAAUAAUAAUAAUAAUAAUAAUAAAAACUUAAAAAUUCAUUUUCGAGAUUAA